CUAAGUGAAGCAGCCCGAUAACAACUAUAUUGUAAUAAUAAUAAAUGAUAUAUUAUAUAUUUCUUACAACAAUACCCGAGCUUAGAAAUCCCCUCUUCACACGCCGACUCGUCAUGCGGGAUAUGAAUAUAAAUAAUACCUCAGUUCAAAGUAGACUCAUUUUAAGUUUGUAAAUAUGAAGACAUUCAUUUUGUAUUUUUCGUCAUUUGUUUUCCUGUGUAUGUGUAAAUCUGAUUUACAAUGUUCCGGCCUAAACGAAAUCUUGGACUGUGUUGGAGAUUGUCCUCCUGAGAAAACUUGUAAAACGAAGAACAUACAAUUUAACUGUUUAUUAAAUAAUAAAAGAUGUCAAAUGAAAUGCGUUUGUAAAAAAGGUUUUUAUAGAAAUUUAAUAGGACAAUGUAUAGCAAGUGAAUUGUGUGAUAAAUGUCCUCAAGCCAACGAAUAUUAUAGCUGUGGCAGUGCCUGUGAUAAUGUGUGUAAAGAUUUACAUUCACAAAACCAAACUCAUUGUCCGAUUAAAAACAUAAAAUGUAAUGAAAAGUGUUAUUGUAAGGAAGGUUAUGCAAGAAAUGAAGAGAAAGUUUGCGUGCCUUUUAAUGAAUGUCGUGCGGUAAAUGGAUCGUGCGAGGAACAUGAAGAAUAUCAAGAGUGUAAAAAAAUCUGUCCACCUGAUACUUGCGUGUCAUUAGUAGCCAGAUUUAAAUGUGACAGCAAUACACCAUGUGUACCAGGAUGUGUUUGUAAGUCCGGCUAUUUACGAAAAAAAAUCAACAAACCAUGUAUGGCAUUUAAUUUAUGUCCAGAAUUGGCAAAUUCGCCAGAUCUGAAUUGAUGUUUCUUCAGCAUUUUGUAAUAUUAAAUAUAGAAUAAAAA